CCUCAGUCCCUGGGCGCUCGCUGGCGGGGGUGGCUGGGACCGUUAGCUCGCCAGGCUGGCAGGCUCCGGGCCGCUACUCCACUGGCGGCGGGGAUGGAGACGAUGCGAGCACAGCGGCUGCAGCCUGGAGUGGGCACCACCGGGAGGGGUACGCUGCGAGCGCUUCGGCCCGGGGUGACUGGGGCCGCGGCUACCACCGCCACACCCCCAGCAGGCCCCCCGCCCGCCCCGCCGCCCCCCGCCCCGCCCCCGCCGCCCCUGCUCCUGUCGGGGGCCCCUGGGCUGCCGCUGCCCCCGGGCGCCGCCGGCAGCCCCGCGGUGCUGCGGGAGGCCGUGGAGGCCGUGGUGAGGAGCUUCGCCAAGCACACGCAGGGCUAUGGCCGAGUGAAUGUGGUGGAAGCACUUCAGGAAUUCUGGCAGAUGAAGCAGUCCCGUGGGGCGGACUUGAAGAACGGAGCUCUGGUGGUUUAUGAGAUGGUUUCCUCCAACAGCCCUCCUUACGUCUGCUAUGUCACUCUGCCUGGGGGAAGCUGCUUUGGGAGUUUCCAGUUUUGCCCCACAAAAGCUGAGGCCCGACGGAGCGCUGCAAAGAUUGCACUGAUGAACUCUGUGUUUAAUGAACAUCCUUCCCGAAGAAUCACUGAUGAGUUCAUUGAGAAGAGUGUCUCUGAGGCUCUGGCAUCUUUCAAUGGCAACAGGGAGGAAGCUGACAACCCAAAUACAGGGAUUGGUGCCUUCCGGUUCAUGUUGGAAUCCAAUAAGGGCAAGUCAAUGUUGGAGUUCCAGGAACUAAUGACAGUUUUUCAACUGCUGCACUGGAAUGGCAGCCUUAAGGCCAUGAGGGAAAGACAGUGCUCUCGGCAGGAAGUGUUGGCUCAUUAUUCACACCGGGCCCUGGAUGAUGAUAUUCGCCACCAAAUGGCAUUGGACUGGGUGAGCCGGGAGCAGAGUGUGCCAGGGGCACUGUCUAGAGAGCUGGCCUCUACUGAACGGGAGCUGGAUGAAGCCCGGCUGGCAGGCAAGGAGCUGCGCUUCCACAAGGAGAAGAAAGAUAUUCUCCUGCUGGCUGCUGGGCAGUUGGGCAAUAUGCAUUCUUCCAACUGCUAGGCAUCCACUCACAUACUCCCCGUCCUCUCUAGACCCUUUUUUAUGUCUUUUCUAAGACUUAGUUGAUUUCUGUACAUACUUUCUCAAUUUUAUACUUUAAAAUAUAGAUAUAUAUGUAUAUGUAUAAAUUCUACACUCAGAUUCCUAUUUGCUGAGAGAUCCCUUUUCUUCUGGUUUUUGGAUGUCGUUUCAUUUGAAACAUCGCCACUCCGCUUUUAAGAGGCUGUCUUCGGAGCUUACACUCCCAGUAACUCUGUGUAUUCAUUUCAAUAGCACAAGAUGAUGGACAAAGUGUUCUUUAAUGUAACAGGGAGCUUGAAUAAGGACUAUGUGCUCCACCCUCACCCUCAUUCCUGCUUUCUCUUGGAUUCCAAACAGGGUAUGAGUACGAAGCCUUUGGCUUUGGCUUAUCUUGAGCUGAGCCUACUUGGUAGAGUUGUUCCUCCAGUAACUAUAUAUUUCCUAGCCUAGACUCCCCCCCAACCCCCCGCCCCCCGCCCCCCGCCACUAUCUUACUCCUUUUCUGCCUUCAAGUGGUACUUCAUUUUGAGGCUUCCUUUAUUAUUUGGAAUGAAGUGGAGAUCUGGUAUCUUAUUGUUAAAAUCAUUCCUGAGAAACUUCCCAGAGAGAGGAGAGGAAUUAUAAACACAACCCAUAGGUGUUUAUCACCUAAAUUGCCUCUGGGGCGUAGAUACCAUACUAAGCUGAUAAUCUAGCUUUCCGAGGUAUUCUGUGCUCCGGAAGGGGUCAGGGUUGAAGCUGCUUAUCUUCAAAUACUCCCUUUUCUCUCCUCCUCCCCUGCUCACCCAGCUUAGUUGAGUCCAGUAUUUAGACCAUCCUGCCUGCAGAGAUUGGUAGAAGGGAAAACAUUUCCCUAUUCCCUCUCCUCCCAUCAUUUUGCUCUUUGGAAACAGCUGUCCUGUUUGGCGAGGGCCAUGUUCCGCUCUCUCCCUCAAAGUUGCUGCUGUUUGCUACCUUAGAUGUUCAUAGAUUCAGUUGUUUUCUCUCUUUUCUUUCUUCUUCCUCCAUGUUGAUUAUUAGAGCAUGAGUCGAUCAGGAAUAUGAGCCUGGCAUUAUGGCACUUCCUAAUUGGAACCUUGGGAGACUGCAGGAGGGCAAAGAGGCUCAAUGAUUAACUAUUUGUGUUUUUAAGACUUCCUCUCCCCACCCCACCCCGCCUCUCCUGGGUGAAACAGGAGAGAAAUGAUCUGGAGUACAGCAAAAGCAUUCCUCUUUGGGAGAAUUUUUUGUAGGUCUCUCGAGGAUAUAUUUUCCCCCUUUGUUUUUGUAAUCUCCUUUAUACUGUAUAUAGUAUAUAGUGUUCAGGGUACUUUCUAAAAUGUGCUUGGGAAGUUUCAUGCUUCUGCAAUUGGACUUUCCAUUUAAUGAUGAUACACUUUGUUUUUAGAAAUAGGUUAGGAAAUAGGCCACAAUUUGCUCUUUUGGGCCAGAUAGGGUUAAGAUGAAAGUCAGCUUCUUUGCCUUUGAAAUCAUCUUGGUGACCAGUACAAAUGGGAUCAGCAGUAAGGAGUCUAGCAACUGUUUUAGUGCUUGAAAGGGACCUCCUUGAAUUCUCCAAACCCCAUCUUUGUAUACCAUGAAGCACAUAUAGGGUUGGAGUAGAGGCUCCUACAUUAAAUAAUAGGUAUGUCUGUUCAGCUUUUAUUCAUAUUUAUAAUCCAGAAAUCAUAAACCUCAUUUGUUCUAUGCUCCUUUCUCUGGGAAGUAUGAAGGGGUGUGAGUUAUGGGAAGAAUUUCUUCUUGCCCCUCCUGGAUUGACUAUUUUUCUCAAAUAACAACCAGUAAGAUCCCAAAGAACUUGAGAAAAAUUGUUCCCUGAUCUGUCCAUUUUCAUUGUUAAAGAAUUUACUUAUCUUUUUAGUACUUUCUAUGUAUUUUAUAUGUAUAAUUUUAUAUAAUUAAAAAUAGAUUUUUGUCUAGUGA